UAAAGAAUAUGUGGGUUUUGCCACACUGCCAAACCAAGUUCACCGCAAGUCUGUCAAGAAGGGCUUUGACUUCACCCUCAUGGUAGCAGGGGAAUCGGGCUUAGGCAAGUCCACCCUGGUCAACAGCCUCUUCCUCACAGAUCUUUACAAGGACAGGAAGCUGCUCAACGCUGAAGAGCGGAUCACUCAAACGGUAGAGAUAACUAAGCACACAGUGGAUAUAGAGGAGAAAGGCGUCAAGCUGAAGCUCACCAUAGUAGACACCCCUGGAUUUGGGGAUGCUGUCAACAACACUGAAUGCUGGAAGUCGGUGGCUGACUACAUCGACCAGCAGUUUGAACAAUACUUCAGGGACGAGAGUGGCCUCAACCGCAAGAACAUCCAAGACAACCGUGUGCACUGUUGCCUAUAUUUCAUCUCACCCUUUGGACAUGGUCUGCGGCCUCUGGAUGUGGAAUUCAUGAAAGCCUUGCAUGAGAAGGUCAACAUUGUCCCCAUCUUGGCCAAGGCAGACACACUCACCCCCACCGAGGUCAAGAAAAAGAAAUUCAAGAUCAGAGAGGAGGUUGAGCAGUAUGGCAUCAAGAUCUACCAGUUCCCCGACUGUGACUCUGAUGAGGAUGAGGACUUUAAGCAGCAGGACCAAGAACUGAAAGAGAGCAUCCCAUUUGCUGUGAUAGGCAGCAACACAGUGGUGGAGGCCAAAGGAAAGAGGGUACGAGGCCGUCUUUACCCCUGGGGUAUUGUGGAAGUGGAGAACUCGGCUCAUUGUGACUUCGUUAAGCUGAGGAACAUGCUGGUGCGUACCCACAUGCAGGACCUGAAGGAUGUGACGCGGGAAACCCACUACGAGAACUACCGGGCCCAGUGCAUCCAGAGCAUGACCCGCAUGGUGGUAAAGGAGCGCAACCGCAAUAAGCUGACCAGGGAGAGCGGUACAGACUUCCCCAUCCCCAUGGUCCCGGGCGUCACAGACAGCGAGACAGAGAAACUCAUCAGAGAAAAAGAUGAGGAGCUGCGACGGAUGCAGGAGAUGCUGCAGAAGAUCCAGGAACAAAUGCACACCCAGAAAGAGGCCUAUUAACCCCCGGGGGCACAAGUACUCCCACCCGCCCCAACCCGCAUCCCAAGUCCAACGCCUCCCUUCAACUGGGAGAAACCCCCAAGGAGGACCUUAACUCCACUAAAGAACAUUGACAUCCAUGCUUCUACAGCCAAGCCCUUCUCACCUCAUCGGCAACAUGUUACAUGUUCGUCAGGGACCAGACGACCAAGCAUGGAUGCACCAACCCGCCGAGGCAUGGACUCUACAAGACCCCUGAAGGUGUUUUGUAGUAUCUGGCACCAAAACAUUAGCAGUCGAUCCUUCAAGUCCCUGUAAGUUGCGAGGUGAAGCUGCUGUGGAUUGGACUUGUCGGUCCAGCACAUCCCACAGAUGCUCGAUAGGAUUGAGAUCUGGAGAAUGUGGAGGCCAGGGCAACACCUUGAACACUUCAUCAUGGUCCUCAAACCAUUCCCGAACAAUGUGUGCAGUGUAGCAGGGCACAUUAUCCUGCUGAAAGAGGCCACUGUCAUCAGCGAAUGCCAUUGCCAUGAAGGGGUGUACCUGGUCUGCAACAAUGUUAAGGUAGGUUGCACAUGUCAAAUUGAUGUCCACAUACAUGGCCGGACCCAGGGUUUUCCAGCAGUAAAUUGCCUAGAGCAUCAUCACACUGCCUUCACUGGCUUGUCGUCUUCCCACAGUGCAUCCUGGUGCCAUCACUUCCCCACGUAAACGGCACACAUGUACACAGCCAUCCACAUGUUCUAAAAGAAACCAGGACACAUUGGACCAGGCAACCUUCUUCCACUGCCCCAAGGUCCAUUCCAAUGCUUGCAUGACCAAUUGUAUGUGUUUUCGGCAGUGGACAGGGGUCAUCAUGGGCAUUCUGACUGGUCUGCGGCUACACAGCCCCAUAUGCAGAAGGGUGCAAUGCCCUGUGUGUUGUGACACAUUCUUCCCGUAACCAUCAUUAAAACGUUCUGUGACUUGUGCACAGUAGACCUUCUGUCGGUUCAGACCAGACGGGAUAGCCUUCGUUGCUCUCACACAUCAAUGAGCCUUGGGUGCCCAACACCCUGUCGCUAGUUUGUGGUUUGUCCCUCCUCGGACCACUGUCAGUAGGUACUCAGCAUUGCUCGCCGGGAGCACCCCACAAGCCUUGCUGUUUCAGAGAUGCUCUGAUCCAGUCAUCUGGCCAUAACAAUUUGGGCCUUGUCAAAGUCAUUCAGGUCUUUACUCCUCCCCAUUUCUCCUGCAUCCAACACGUUGAGUAUGAGAACUAAAUGUUUACUUACCCACUAAUCUACCCACACCUUGAUGAGUAUUUAUUUGGAGAUGAUCAUUAUUCGGUUCACCUGUGAGUGGUCAUAAUGUUUUGGUUCAUCAGUGUAGUCGCUUUUCACAGUGCUAUUGGCUAACAUAUGAAUACAUAUGUUUUCUGUGUGUUGAUUUUUUUCAUCAACGAAUCUUUCUGUACGUUAAUUUGGUUUAAUCUCUAUGCAAGGACUGACAAAUGUCAGUUGAAUCUUUUUCUUUUCCAGUUUCUGCAUGUUUAUUAUAACGUCGGGUGGUUCUGCACCCUUGAAUGCUCCAUAGUGUGGAUAAAAGCAGCUCUUCUCUAUUUUGGUCAGUCUUGGUGCAGACUUGUCUAAUGAACCACUGUUCACCGAUUGCUAUAUCAAUAUUUUAAAUGGGUUUGCUUUUUAAAGUGAAAUGAAGUUGAUGUAGCAUUACUGAGUGUUUUCCAAACACCAAGAAGUUUAUUAAGGUUUAUCAUGAGAGCGCAUCUGCCAACACAGAGGAGAGAUUUGAACUCCAUCUGUUGAUUAUUUGCAAGUUAGAUCUGUGAAAUUUGUGAAUUUUGGAUGGACAAGGCCUUUAUUUUUUCUUCGGAAAGUGUGUAAAGGAUGGGUUGCAUUAACAGCGGAUUUACUUUCUGUGUUGUAAAGGUUGUUCAGAUUGUGUUGAAUAUAUCAUUCUCUAUAGAAAGUGCAACUAUAUAUCCAAGAUAACUUUAGAGGAGAGACAUUGAGAUGUUUGUAUUGUGUCUGACCUGAACUCCAUUCAAGGGAACAAAAACCACGGUUGUGCUUUAAACAAUGACAUAAACUUUUACAUUUAAUAAGUAACCAAAGCCAGUGAUGACAACGUUAAUUUGCCCCAAAUCCUUCAGGUCAUCUCUUGCAAAGUUAACAUGAAUCGUUUUGCAUUUUACGUGAGUUUGCAUCCAUCCCAACCUAUGGACAUGUUGGUGGAAUGAGCAAUUCUGUCUGAGCAAGUAUGAGUAUGUCAAAAGUCGGCUGAGAAAAAUUGAUCAAAAUGUUUUGGAAAAUUAAACUUUUUGUCUCUAAGAUGAUUUUAUUUUGUCAGCACACAUCAGCUCUCACUAAUUGAAAUGAUGACUGUGGUGUUUCCUCUGUAUGGCCCAUUCAUGAUGUUUUGUAAUUGUGUGUUUUACACCCAGCUUCGAGUGACAAAUAUCAGUUUAAAGAAUCAGGUAUUUCGUUUGUCUCUUAAUUUGUUUAUUUUAUAUGAAAUUUUUCUUUUUUUGGUUGUCAUACUACUUUUGGAAUAUAUUUAUGUAAUAAAUUUAUAGAUGUCGAGAGAGGAUGAUAUCCACAAAUUGAUAUUGUAAUAAAAGAGGAAUAUAAUUUCAUGUCUCCUUCAUUAGUGAGGCCUGUCUAUUCAGUUGUUACUCCACGUCAUGCAAUGUGAUGUAUUAUUACUUGCAGAAGUUUAUUUUUGUAUCGGAAACCUGAAGAACAGCUGUAUUAAGUGUUGUAUAGUUCAGGAUGCCCUUCCUAUUUGUCCUUUACAGCCAUCUCGUCCUGCCUUUCUUCCCGGAGUCUGUUCAAAAACAAUGAAGUAGAGUCCACCGGACUAA